GCUUCUACCAUCGAUAGCUUCUGCUGACCUGAUCUCAACCUUCAAAUAUUUGCUCCUCGAGAUGCCUAAAGCUUCCUCAACUUCUACUUCCAAGGCAGCAAGCAAGGGCGCCAACGCGAAGACUAGCAAAGCACCAAAAGAGAAGCGCCCUCCAAGCGCGUACAACAUUUUCGUUUCGGAGAAGAUCAAAUCUUGGAAAGCAAGUAAUCCAAAAGCCAACGCGAAAGAUGCCAUGAAGGCGGUCAGUGUUAUGUGGGCUAGUGCUGAAGAGAAUCCAAACCGUGGCAAGCCUCCCAAGUCAAAGAAGGCCAAGACUCCCAAAAACCCCUCCAGCCCGCCAAGGUCCUCUUCUCUACCUGCGGCCGACGACAACGAUGUCCCGAGUAGUGAUAGCGUCAAUGCUUGAUCUUUCCACUUGCAACUUCUGUUUCGAGAUGUUCCGCUCUAUCAUUAAAUUGCUUUUAUCAUUUCCACCCAUGGACGUUAUGUUGUUUGUAUCCUUGCCUAUUGUACUUGCUUCGUGGACCUUCUAUGGACUUGCCGUUUUGCUCAUGUGUUUGUUACUGCUGAUUUUGUAUAU